ACUGUGAAGUAAUUGAGGCCCGGGUUCUUAACCGACCCGUUAGAUCGCCUUUGAUGGCCGAAGCCUGUAGAGAAGUUGCAGAAGCUUGAGCAACUGAGAGCGAGAAUAAAAUUAAAAAAAAAAUGGGGGGUGGUAGUAGAGGGAGCAAGAAAAUACUGGUGGGUUUGGUGCUGGUCAUGUUUCUAGGAAUCGCCGUCUACUUGCGGCUCUGGACCAUCGACUACUCCAUUUCUUCCGAUGAAUCCGAGCUCCUCAGGCGGCAGUUUGACCUUGCGAAUAGGGAAGCAAUGGAUGAAUCUGCUGAGUGGAGGCUGAAAUACGAUGAAGAAGCCGAAAAGGCUACCAAGUGUAUGAAUCAACUCAAACAGAUAACGGGAUCAUUUGGGGAGGGUGAUGGAAAUGCCGCUACUGUCAACCAGAAAUUGUGGAAACUACAAAAGGAAAAUAUGGCCUUAGUCGAACGGAUGAAAGCCUUGAAACAGGAGCUUGAGGCUGAGAAGCUGAAGUGCAGCGUUCAAUAGGUUAUUAUAUCAUCAAGGGUCAAAUGAUUCAAAAUAAUCAAAGUCACCGCAUUUUUCAUUUUGUCCAAUUCAUGUACUCU